AUGUCGGCGGAACAGACGAAACCUCGGUUCAUCAGCACAAGUUUGUCCCUUUCAGAUUCUCAUCCCCCGAUUCAUGAUUACACAUUCGGCAAAGACCACAUCACGCCACUCUCCAGCUCCAAGCCUCGCAUACAGAUGAUACACGCCUUGGCACUUAUUGCCGUACACAUCAUUUUAUUACCCGGGAAUCUGUACUUUGCCCGCCUUGUUUCCUCGUCGCACAUGGGGAUAACCUCCAAGCAGGAAGAUCUAGCUUGUGCUCACCCCAGUGCCACCACCUCCACCACCACCACCACCACCAUCACAACCACCAGUCGUUCCUCCCGCAGGUCCUCCAGCGCCGCCAUCACAGCCUCCUGGGUUGAAACCGCCAUUGUCCCCAUUCGUGAUCGUAUCCGUAUUUGCUCCAAAAUCACCUCCAUCUCCACUGUUACCUUCGCCUUUACAGCACCCGCAUAG